AUGGCCCUCUCCCAGACCCCUCCUCAGGAACCAAGCGCUCAAAAUGAGCUGAUGAGCGCACUUUCUGCGUACGUGUCGGUCCUGCUGGUACCCGAAAGCUUCAACUUGCAGUCGCCAUGGGAGGUGCUUACACACGAUACAGGCUACACGUCGGCGGCAAGUACUCAGACCUCACCGUCACAUGCAACUAUCGCCAAUGGGCCGUCCACCGCGCCAUAGUCUGCUCGCGCAGCGGCUUCUUCGACGGCGCAUGCUCCCACGACUUCCGCGAGUCCAACUCCGGCGUCAUCGACCUGAGCGACGACGACGAGGAAGCCGUCGAGCAGAUGAUUCGCUGUCAGUAUAGCUGGACGAACCUUGCUUUGGCAUUGGACGAAUAUUGACAAUCCUCGACAGACUUCUACCACCUCGACUACCUCAACGAUGAACCAGAGCAGCAACCAUCCGCACAGUUUCGCCAUCGCGCCUACUCGGAUGCGAGAAGGAAAGCGCCCAAGAAGAUCGACUUCACUCAGAUCGAAGACCCUCUGCUUGCCCAAGCAGGUGUCUACAACGCCGCUCAAGAACCCAUGACCCCACCCGGCUCUUCGCACGGCGAAGCUCGCUCGAGCCUUGACUUCUCCGGCAAGAUGCCUUGAUCUCCUCCUCAGACCAUCCGUGCAGGCACACCACCGCUCGACGUCGAGCACAUGGGCGACGAGGAAGAGUACGAGGAAGAGGAAGAGUCGACGGAGUCCGAAUCACACCUGCUCUUGCACACACAGGUCUAUGCUCUGGCGGAGAAGUACGAUAUCCCAGCACUCAAGCAGCUCGCGAAGAGAAAGUUUGAGAUGUCAGUGGCCUGCUACUACGACGCACCAGAGCUGGCAGACGCUAUCGAAUAUGUCUAUGCAUCGACCGUGGACUCGGACAGAGGACUGCGGGACAUCGUACUCCAGCUGUUCAGGAGCCAUCCUCAACUGGCAACCACCCAGGAUAUUUUUGCUGUCAUCAAAGAGACUCCAAGUCUCGCACUGGAUCUCUGGAAAGUUGAGCGCGGAUUGUUGUGA